GAUCUCAUGAAGGAUAUUGUUCUAUACUUGUACCAUCCAACACAAUUAUUAGAAACUAAAUUAUAAAAUGCAUAAAUUGGGUGUCAAGCCACAUUAAUUUGACAUUUCAAACAAAGCAACAGAUAGAGAAACAAGCUUUUGGUAUUGAUUAACCAAUUAAUGAUAGAAUUAAUUGUCCCAACAAUCCCAUCACUAAUCUAAAAGAGAUAUAGAGAGAUCCCUUCACUUCACUUCCUCUCUAUCAAGUUUCAUGUCUGCCCAUAGCUGCACCUCUCGCCACUUCUCAUGGCUGGUGAAAUCGUGUAUUCCCACCACCCAACACCACCCCCAUUCCCCCGGUCAUCAUCCUCCCACCGCUCCUUCCGCCGCCGCUCUGCUCUGCCAAACCACCAUUUCUUCCCUUCCCGACGACCUCCUCCUAGAAUGCCUCUCCCGGGUCUCGCAUUCGUGUCUUCCUUCGCUGCCCUUGGUGUGCCGUCGCUGGUCGGACCUCCUCGACUCUCCCACCUUCAACUCCCUCCGCCGCCGCCGCGACCUCCUCCGUCUCACUCUCUUUGCUCUGUCCAUUUCCGGCCAUUCCCUGCUCUUCUCGGCCAGUCUCUGCUUGGGUCUUGAAUCUGUGUGGAACGUUUCAUCUUUUCUUCUCACAAAUGAGGGAAUUCAUCAGGGGACGUUUUCCUCUCUGUUCUCUCAUUCCCGAUUGGUCGCCAUUGGCCGGAGAAUUUACGUCAUUGGCCGGACGGCGAUGAUUUGUUGCGACACGUGGACCGGGACUGCGGCCUCGUUACAGGGGCCGAUUGCUUCGAGGAAGAAAUUUGCUGCGGCGGCCGUGGAUGGACGGAUAUAUGUGGCCGGCGGCUGUGGGCGGACGGAUGCGGUGGAGGAGUAUGACCCGCGGAAUCGGAAAUGGCGCGUGGUGUCCACGGCGGCCAGGAAGCGGUACGGGUGCGUGGGGACGGCGGUGGACGGAGUCUUCUAUGUGAUCGGAGGACUGAAGAUCGGGUCGUCGGGGAAUGAAGGGGUGGUGGUUCCGGGUUCACGCGCCGCUGGAUCGGACGCAGCGCAUUUGUACGCGAGCUCGAUGGAUUUGUAUGACGUGGCGUUAGGGCAGUGGCUGAGGAGCCGCACCGUCCCCGGCGGCGGAUGCGUGGUGGCGGCUUGCGCCGCGGGCGGAUCAGUUUACGUUCUCUCGAGCCACGCCGUGGAACUCUCGUUCUGGAAAUUCAACGGCACGCGCAAAUCGAGCAGCUUCGGGGAUUGGUGCAGGCUCACGUCUCCGCCGCUUCCGGCGCAGGUUAGACUGGACAGCACCGUGAGAUUCGGCUGUGUAGGGGCGGGAGAAACGGUAGUGCUGAUCCAAGUGACGGGCUGCAUCGACGACCUGCUCAGGCGGAGCGGCAGAAGUCAGAGGGGAUUCAGGGAAGGACUUGUGAUGGUGUACGAUUGCGCCGCCGGGGAGUGGAGCAGGGGGGCGGAUUUGCCGGAGGGAAUUCGACGCGCCGCCUGUGUGACGGUUGAGUGCUAGUUUGCGCCGCUUGGGCCUUUCAAGUUUCAAGGGUAAACACGGGCCGGGCUUGCAAUAUUGGGGAAGCAAAAGUCGGGCUUACCCUCAGCUUAUUUUUCGUCAUUGAGUCAAAGCAUCUGAUUUUUAUGUCGGCACAAAUCAAUUGUUUAUCAUGCCAAAUAAUGGUGUUAAAAAACUUAAAGUUAGUACUCACAUGCUUCCAAAGAUUCUUUUCUCACUCCUUUCUAAAGGAAAAUUGGGCACAAAUCUUCUUCCUGUUAAAUUAAGGAUGUUUUGUUUUGGAUUGUUUUCAGUCCCAGACCAGACUAAAACAGACCAGACCAUAAUUUCUUAGUUAUAAAAUACACAGAGACCAGACGUUUAUCAGACCAGACUAGUUCAGAUCAAAUCAGACCAGACCAGACUUAAACAGACCAGACCAGACCAGCAAAUUUCAGUCCAAAAGAAAACAUCCUAAAUUAGCUUCGGUCUUUAAGGAUAUUUGUAAUUUAAUUCUAAUUAAAUUAGCUUCAGUUUUUAAUCAAAUCAUACUCAAAUAGAUGAGACUAAAUUGG